CCCGAUCUCCUCAAAUCACUGGCCAACCCAGUCCCGUAUAAUACUAUUUAGGAGCUGAAAGGGGGUAUCGAGCGAGUUGAUUCGAGAGCAUGACGAGCGAAAGACAACCCGGCAAGGCCGGCGGAAAGAUUACGAUGGUGGAUGCUGAAGAGAUCAGGUCACAUUCUGGGGAAACGUCACCACUGCUGGGUGCAGGCGCCGGUUCAGAAGAUGGUGGAAGGAGAAGUAGCCAGGAAUGGGACGGUGGAGAAGACUUUAAGCAUCUACCGGCGUGGCGGAGGCCAUCCGUGUUAUGGCUCAUCGGGCCUUAUUUUCUCUUCACGUUGGCUUUCGGCGGCGUCAUUGUACCAAAACUUAACUUAAUUGUUGAUCUUGUAUGCAAAAAUUAUUUUGCAGAUGAAUCACUGAAAGAUCCGGCCUUCAUCUUCACCCCAGUGGUACUGGGUGGCGAGAAUCCGCAAUGCAAGAUUCCCAAAGUGCAGAAGAAUGUCUCGAUAUUCACACUGACUCUCAGUGUGCUCACUGGCCUAUUGAGCGCUCUGACGGCCCCGAAGCUGGGUUCUCUCUCAGAUCGCUAUGGUCGAACACGCCUGAUUACUGUGGCAUCCUGCGGUGGUAUCAUUAACGAGAUCAUCACAAUUCUUGCGGCCAAAUAUCCGAACUACAUCGACUAUCACUGGCUUAUCCUCGGGUCUUUUUUCGACGGUAUUACGGGCUCCUUCACCGCCGGCAGCAUCCUCAGUUCUUCCUAUACCAGCGAUUGUAGUCCUCCGUCACGGCGUGGGGUUGCUAUCGGCUACCUGCAUGCUUGCUUAUUCACUGGACUAGCAUUUGGCCCCCUAUUGGCUGGCUACUUCGUCAAGUACACCGGCUCACUUUUGUCCAUUUUUUAUGUCACGCUUGGCUGUCAUAUUGUCUUCAUCUUCUUCAUUUUGCUCGUCACGCCGGAGUCAUUAUCUAAGAAAAGACAGAUGCUUGCCCGUGAGAAGCAUCAAAAUGAGCAGGAAGUCCUUGCUGAACGCUUGCGAGUUCGUCUGGGAAACAUGGGACCUAAAAUGGCAUCGUUAUUGAGUGAUUCCCUUGGCGACUGGUUACCAGCUCUGGUGAGCGCAAAUCCUCUGGCUCCACUGAAGUCGCUACUUCCGGGUGGGCAGGCGAAUAGGUCCUUCCGUCGCAACAUGAUCAUCUUGGCCUGCCUCGACGCUGUUAUUCUGUCGGCUGCUAUGGGCUCCGGCACUGUGACAAUUCUCUAUGUCGAGUACAUGUUCAACUGGGGAAAUUUCGAGGCAUCACGAUUCGUUUCACUCAUCAGCUUCAUCCGCGUCAUCGUCUUGUUGGGUGUCUUUCCGCUCGUUAACUGGGUGUUCCGCAUUCGUCCAUUACGCCAACAGCGUCGAGCGAGCGGCUUGUCAGUACCCGAAAAGAACAACGGCGCUGACAAAGUGGACAUCUGGAUGCUUCGCGUUGCUAUCGCCUCGGAUCUCAUAGGUAUUUUGGGCUAUGUUUUUGCACGGUCAGAUGUGUUAUUCGUCUUCUGUGGUGUCAUUACUGCAUUUGGUGGCCUCGGUGGUGCGGUUGUUCAAUCAACAAUCACGAAGCACGUUCCUGCCCAUCGAGUAGGUGCUCUUCUGGGCGCCAUCGGAUUGCUUCACGGCAUAGGCAGAGUCGUUGCGCCGUUGGUGUUUAAUGGGUUGUACGCAGCAACAAUCGAGACAUAUCCACAAGCAUUCCUCGUGCUACUAGCCACACUGUUCGGGCUAGCUUUCAUAGGUAGUAUCUUUGUCAAGCCGCGCCGUAAGUCCUCCGCUUAGUUUGUGUAUCGAACUCGAGCUAACCUCCUAUAGUGUUCUUACAGGAAGAAGAUGCGGAUACAUUACCACCUUCGUUAUCGACCUCUGAAACGGAGGCAGACCUCAGUGCUCU